UGUCUCGUACCUCCAAACCACUUCUUGCCUGUGCCCCGUAGCAGACCAGUAGCAGACACCAUGUCUGCCUUAUCGGCUAUCCUGGCCGAUCCUGCGUACCACGACUAUCUCGCCAUUGUCAAGGGUGCCCGAAAUGGCUUCGUGUAUGGUGUCAAAGUACGCUUUCCACAUGCACUGAUCAUGGCCAUUCUGUUUGGACGCGGGGACUGGCUCUCCAGGCUUCGCACUAUACUCCGAGCUACCAAACAACACGCGCUGAAUCUCGCCAAAUUCGUGUCUAUAUACAAGACCCUUCUACUCAUUCAGAAGAGGCUGAAUGGCGGCGUGCAUCGAAGCGCAGACACAUUCAUCGCUGGUCUUAUCGGUGGAUACACUGUGUUCGGUGAUCGUAAUGCCGUGAACGAACAGAUCGUCUUGUACGUUUGUUCGCGUGUGGUCGCGUCGUUCAUCCCGCGUGCAAAUUCGCCGUACUCCAUGAAGUCCGCGUCUUCCACUUCCGUAAAGCCUGUACCACCCGACGCCACCAAGUUCUCCGUCUUCGCCGCGCUAUGUUGGGGCGCGGUCAUGUGGCUUUUCAAUGAAAGGGGGGAGACGAUCCAACCUGGCAUGUUCAAUUCCAUGGUGUACCUGUACCGUGAUUCUGAUCACUGGGACAACCUGCGGACGCUUCUGUGGCACAACAAAUAAGGGUCCAAGUACUGUAUACUGUACACCCCAUCACGUUCCUCACAACGUCGACGUGCACAACAGCAUUCAUAUUUUCACCUACAUCUGGUGUCCGUGCAGUAGUAAUGCGUCUAAUUCAAUCGUGGCAUGCUCACCCCAGCGUAGCCCCUGCAUGAUUUCA